AUAGUAAUAAGCCGUAAACAGACUCAGCCUGCGUUAUUACCGCGUUGUGGCGGACAUUAGCUCAGUAACUAUUGUUAUAAUAAUGCUUUUGGCGCCAUGAGUCAUCUUUUAGGAGCUCAGGACUGCGUGGAGAGUCUGCGCAGAGAUGUGAUAGAUUUACAGGGAGCGCUGGUGGAGGUGUUCUCGCGCACCGGACCGGUCCGUUUCCGGUCGUGGAAGUUCCCGGAUAAAGAGUCGUGUGAUCUGGACCUGGUGCAGCUGCUGGAGCAGUAUGACCAUGUCGAGGGAGAGAAAGAGUUUAAUGAGCACUCACACGUCGUGCUGUUAGAACUGGUGAUUGACAGACUGUUGCUCUUGCUGCAGAGUUUUAACGCCUACAUGGAGCAGAUGUUAGGAGGACAGAAAGCAGGGGAUUGUGGGAAGGCAGGAGGGUCAGUGUGUGUCGGUCUGGUGGUGAAACGCUACUGGAAAAAUGUAAUCCACUUCACCAGCCAGCAGAGACAACAGAACCUGAGCAGCGCGUGCAGGUCGGAGAUGUCCUCCAGGAGCAGCAGCUCCAGCUCCACGUCCCAGCGCUCGGCUCCGUCUUCAUCCCCCUCCUCCAGGCUCCAAACUGCCCCUCCGCCCUUGGUGAGGUGUCGCAGUGUGAGCUGUCAGACGGUGGAGUCUGCCCUGGUUCCGUGCGCCGCCUGCGCCGGAGUCCAGUCCACUCUGCAGGACAGCGCUCGCUCCGUGGCGUCUUUGUGCCAGACUCUGGGUCUGUCCUGCUCGCUGUGGAGCUUCCUGCAGGCCGUGGAGGACACGCUGCAGCUCGGCCGCCUCUCCGCCUGCGACCUCACCCUGUGGGCUCGAGAGCAGCAGAGGGAUCUGCGACGGAUCCAGGAACAUGUCACUCACGUCCAGGAGAAGGCGGGGUCACUCACACACACAGUGCAGAGAACAGAAGAGGAGAGAGACGAGCUGAGAGCACAGCUGGACAGAGAGAAGGAGAACAGCGUGAGAGAGAAAGAGGAGAGGAAGAGGAGCGAGGAAGAGUGGGAGGGAAGAGUGCAGGAGGAGAAACUCAGACGAGAUGAAGAGCUGAAAACACAGCAGGAGAAGGAGGAGGAGCUGAGAGAAGGAGCUGUGGCUUUAGAAGUGAAAAUCUCAGAACUGGAAGGAGAACUGGAGAUGCAGAGAGAAACACAGCAGCGUGUGGAGCGUGAGAGGGAUUCCCUGGUAGAUGAAGUGCACAGGCUUCGUCUGGAAGAAGUGAGAUGGAAGGAGACAGAGGAGAAGAAGAGAAAUCUGGAGGCGGAGCUUAGUGACACACAGAAACUUCUGGAUAAGGAGAGCGCAAAGUAUCAUAGCACUCAGCGCCAGCACGAGGCGAUGGUGGUGAAGCAGCGCGCCCUGCUGGAGCGUAUAGACACGCUGGUGCAGCAGUGUGAGGAGCUGCAGUCUCAUCUGGAGGAGUGUGAGGAUGAGAAAGCCGAGCUCACUGACAUACUCACACACACCACACAGGAGAGGGACACACUGCAGGAUGAACUCACACAGCAGAAGUCUGAGUUCCUGUCUUUGAAAGAGGAAAGAGAAAAGCAGUGUGUGCGACUCCGAGAGCUGGAGGAGUGUGUGUCGAGGCUGACUGAGGACUUACAGCAGGCUGAGGAGAGAGAGAGGAUCCUGGUGGCUUUUCCUGAACUAAAUCAACAACACACAACACCACAAAGUACAGGUGAUGUCCUGUGUGAUAUGGAGCAGCAGCUGAAGGUGAACUCGAUGAGGAUCAGGGUUCUCGAGCAGGAGAACGUGUCUCUGACUAAAACCCUGGAGAAACUAAAAGACCCUCAGAGCAUCAGACUCAGUCAGCAGAGUGCAGGAGAUCAGACACCAGGUCCAGACACAGGAAGCUCGGAAGUGGACCAAAGAAAAAGCGCAACAGAAAGGCAGAUCACAUCUUCUUCUUCUUCUGCUCUUCAUCAUCACACACUCCGUCUCUCUGUUGUUCCAGACGCAGAAGAAAUGUACCAGAAACUGCGCCAAGCUGCACGUGCACGCUCUGCUGGGACACACCGCAGGAGGAAGUGAUGUCACCACCUGAUACUCAUACAUGUCAAAAAAUUCUAAUCUUAAACAAAGAUUUUGCACUUGUACUCUAAUGCAUGGUUUGUUUCUCACACAAAUAAAUCAGAAUCAGAAUCAGAAUAUCUCUCCAUCUCCAUCAUCUACAGCUCAUGUGACCCAAGCGUCUUUCAUUCCUGAAAUAAGCUCUGACCACUUGGUGUCAAAAGUCUCAGUGAAAAUAUGAAUGGGAAUUCUUCCUGAUGGCACCUGCAGUGCUGAUUAAAGCCGGUGAGCAAGACAACUGCUCUAUUUCUGAAUAUUUGGGCUGCUGGUAUUAAUGAGAAAAUAAAAGGAUA